GUCGAGAGCAGGCUGAACUGACUGGACACAGGCUGGCAAGUUUGGGAAUAAAAUUUGAUCAGAUUAUCCACUCCUCCAUGACAAGAGCAACUGAAACCACUGAAAUUAUAAGUAAACAUCUCCCAGGAGUCAAAAAAAUUAGUACUGAUCUGCUGAGAGAGGGAGCGCCUAUAGAACCAGAUCCUCCAGUCUCACACUGGAAACCAGAAGCUGUGCAGUAUUACGAAGAUGGAGCUCGAAUUGAGGCUGCUUUUCGAAACUUCAUUCAUAGAGCUGAUGCAAAGCAGGAAGAAGACAGCUACGAGAUCUUUGUCUGCCAUGCCAACGUGAUCCGCUAUAUCGUGUGCAGGGCGUUGCAGUUCCCCCCGGAAGGCUGGCUGCGAAUGUCUCUUAACAAUGGCAGUAUAACUCACUUGGUGAUCCGUCCGAACGGAAGAGUGGCGCUUCGAACACUGGGUGACACAGGGUUCAUGCCUCCAGAUAAAAUCACGCGUACCUGAAUGAGCAAAACUGAUGGCUGUCCAGGAGCUGCCUCUAGUCUCUUUGCACUAGUACAUUCAGCUACAGUACCACUAGAUUUUUAUCUGUUAUGUUGGGGUGUGAUGCUGUCUUAAAAUGUCCUUUAGCCCCUUGCCUCCUUCAUACUCGUACCUGCCUUUCAGU